ACGCGGAGGGGCUGUUAACCCUCCUCUCCCCGCCGCACGCCUCCCUUCUCCGCAGGGCUAAUAGCGGAGCCGGGGAUAAGAGCUCUCCAGCCCUUUCCCCGCCCCGCCGGAGCUCGAUGCCGUAGCGGCUCCGGGGCCCGGCCGCCCUCACUUCCCAGCUGGCUGCCUGGCGAAGGGACGGCGUUCCCCGCCUCCCUCCCCGCGCUGCCGCUGCGUGUGAGCCGCGGGCACCGGGACCACAAAGGAGGAGGGGGAGCCGCGGGAUACAUGGUCCAGGGUGGUGUGUGCGCGCCGGCGGGGGGCAUCUCUGGCGAGGAGGAAACACAAGGUCAAGAGGCGGCUCUUCUCCUCCUCCUCCUCCUCCUCCAUGGAAGAAGACGGGAGCGAUGAGCCCUGAGGAGGACGGCGAAGAGAAGGGGCGGAUGGCUGAGCGCUGCCGGGCUUCCCCUCGGGAUUGACGCGGGCGCGGAGAGCUGAAGGGGCCGGAGGAGGCAGCGCUGGGGUCGGGAGGGAGGGAGGGAGGAGAGGAAGGCGAGGAGGAAGCGGGGGGUUUGAAUCUCCCUGGCUGGAUUAUCUCCCUUCAGGGGAAGCUGCCAUCGCCGCCCGGCCUCGGCCCGCGGCCCCUGCGGCCAAGAUGGACCUGGGCAGCGCCGCCCCGAGAGCGGGAGCUGCCCCCGCAACCCCGGCCGCCUGGAGACCUUUCCCCUCCGCCUGCUGCUGCUGCUUCGCCUCGCUCCUGGAUGUGAACAGCUGGCUGCUCUUCUACGGCUUCCUCUACCUGGCUCUCUACGCCCAGGUGUCCCAGUCCAAGUCCUGCGACAAAAUCUCCUGCUUUUCGGGUCAUUGUGUCAACUCCACCUGUGUCUGCGACCAGGGCUGGGUGGGAGACCAGUGCCAACACUGCCAGGGCAGGUUCAAGUUAACAGAACCUUCUGGAUAUUUAACAGAUGGACCCAUAAAUUAUAAAUAUAAAACUAAAUGUACAUGGUUAAUUGAAGGAUACCCAAAUGCGAUACUAAGAUUAAGAUUUAAUCACUUUGCCACAGAAUGUAGUUGGGACCAUAUGUAUGUAUAUGAUGGAGAUUCGAUAUAUGCACCUUUAAUAGCUGUAUUUAGUGGUCUAAUAGUCCCUGAAGUGCGUGGAAAUGAAACUGUUCCUGAAGUAGUUACUACAUCUGGCUAUGCAUUGCUCCACUUUUUUAGUGAUGCUGCUUAUAACCUAACGGGAUUUAACAUUUUUUAUUCAAUUAAUUCCUGUCCUAAUAACUGCUCAGAACAUGGGAAGUGUACAACCAGUGUGUCUGUACCAAGCCGGGUAUACUGUGAGUGUGACAAGUAUUGGAAAGGAGAAGCCUGUGAUAUUCCAUACUGUAAAGCCAACUGUGGCAGUCCAGAUCACGGAUACUGUGAUUUGACAGGAGAGAAGCUGUGUGUUUGCAAUGAUAGCUGGCAAGGUCCAGAUUGUUCUCUGAACGUCCCUUCCACGGAGUCUUACUGGAUUCUCCCAAACGUGAAGCCAUUCAGCCCUUCCGUGGGCCGCGCUUCCCACAAGGCCGUCCUACACGGGAAGUUUAUGUGGGUGAUCGGUGGAUACACUUUUAACUACAGUUCCUUCCAAAUGGUGUUGAACUACAAUUUGGAAAGCAGUAUAUGGAAUGUAGUACCUGUAUCCAAAGGGCCACUGCAGAGAUAUGGGCACACUCUUGCUUUGUAUCAGGAAGACAUCUACAUGUAUGGAGGCAAAAUUGAAACAAAUAAUGGCAAUGUUACUGAUGAACUGUGGAUUUUCAACAUACACAGUCAAACAUGGAGCUCCAGAACUCCUGCAGUACUUGUACAUGGCCAGCAAUAUGCUGUGGAAGGUCAUUCAGCACACAUAGUAGAGCUGGACAGCAGAGAUGUGGUUAUGAUUAUAAUUUUUGGAUAUUCUUCCAUAUAUGGUUACACAAGCAUUGUGCAAGAAUACUACAUCAGGUCUAAUUCUUGGCUUGUACCAGAAACAAAAGGAGCAAUUGUGCAAGGUGGAUACGGCCAUACAAGUGUCUAUGAUGAACUGACUAAAUCUAUUUAUGUCCAUGGUGGAUACAAAGCAUUACCUGGCAAUAAAUAUGGAUUGGUGGAUGACCUUUACAGAUAUGAAGUUAAUACGCGGACAUGGACUAUUUUGAAAGAGAGUGGUUUUGCAAGAUACCUUCAUUCAGCUGUCUUAAUCAAUGGAGCUAUGCUCAUUUUUGGUGGAAACACUCAUAAUGAUACUUCACUGAGCAAUGGUGCAAAGUGUUUUUCUGCUGACUUUCUUGCGUAUGAUAUAGCUUGUGACGAAUGGAAGGUUUUACCAAAACCUAAUCUGCAUCGAGAUGUCAACAGAUUUGGUCACACUGCUGUUGUCAGUAACGGGUCCAUGUAUAUAUUUGGGGGUUUUUCAAGUGUUCUAUUGAAUGACAUCCUCGUGUACAAGCCUCCAAACUGUGAGGCAUUCAGAGAUGAAGAGCUGUGUAAAAAUGCUCGUCCAGGAAUAAGAUGCCUGUGGAAUAAAAAACACUGUGAAUCUUGGGAAUCUGGACAUGCUAAUAACAUCCUUAGAGCAAAAUGUCCUAAGAAAACAGCUGCUGCAGACGACAGAUGUUACCGGUACGCGGACUGUGCGAGCUGCACUGCCAACACAAACGGGUGCCAAUGGUGUGAUGACAAGAAGUGCAUUUCAGCAAAUAGUAACUGUAGCAUGUCAGUUAAAAACUACACCAAAUGUCACGUGAGAAAUGAACAGAUCUGCAAUAAGUUGACCAGCUGCAAGAGCUGCUCCCUGCACCUGAACUGCCAGUGGGACCAGAGGCAGCAGGAGUGCCAGGCGCUACCUGCUCAUCUCUGUGGAGAAAGAUGGAGUCAUAUUGGAGAUGCCUGCCUCCACAUAAAUUCUAGUCGUGAAAGCUAUGACAAUGCUAAGCUGUAUUGCUACAACUUAAGUGGAAAUCUUGCCUCAUUAACAACCUCAAAAGAAGUGGAAUUUGUUCUGGAUGAAAUACAGAAGUAUACACUUCAG